GCCCCGCCCCGCACGCAGCGGCGAUGGCGGCCGAGUCGCGUGCGCUGUUGGAGGUGCGGCGGCGGCUGCAGAGCGCGCUGCUGGUAGUGGGCGAACCGGAAGGAGGUCUGCCCUUGGAAGUGUCUGUGAGACAGGCCUCCCUGCAGGUGAGAAGCCCCGAGGGCUGCACUGACAUCGCGCUUCCAGCAGGGGUCAGGCUGGCCCCUUCCACCUGUGCCGGGCUGCAGUACGUACCUGGAGAAGGACUGCACCUGCGCCUGCAGGUCUGCGCAGAGCCCUGCCCCAAACUGAUUUCAGUAUUUAAUCAAAGCCCACAAGCCCAGGAACAUUACACCUUUUAUUGCCAGUCCUGCGGUGAUGUCGUCAUAAGGGACAGACGGCUGCUCAGGGUGCUCCCGCUGCCCAGCGCCAACUGGGCGGCCCUGGUGGAGGAGUGGUGCUGCCACCCGGACCCGUUCGCACAGAAGUCUCUUCACCCCGGACACGGAGACUGCUUCCUCGGUGACGUCUUCUGUCUGGUGAACUUAAGAAGCCAUUCCUCCCAGGACCUAAAAGCAAAUACCAAAGUAAUUUGUAAGCGUUGCAAGGUAACACUGGGAGAGACUAUAUCACCAGAAACCACCAAGUUUUAUAUGACAGAGAUAAUUAUUCAGCCAUCUGAGAGAAGUUUUCCCGUCAUUCCAAGGUCCCGGUUUGUCCAGAGUGUUGUAGCCCAGUGUCUGGGGGAGCUGGCCUCUGCCCGGAGCACUUUCAGGUUCACGAUUCAAGGUCAGGAUGGCAAAGUGUACAUCCUGCUCUGGCUUCUGAACUCGGACAGUUUGGUGAUUGAAGCUUUGAGGCAUUCUGGAAGUGUCGGAAAGUUCCCACUGCUGGAGGAGGGGUGCGGAACAAGCCCCACUUCUGCCAAGAAUGCUGUCAAGGUCCUCUACCAGCCGUGCACCAGAUGCAGGAACGAAAAGCUUGCGCGUGCCUGGGAGAGUGACAUCAGCGUCCACGCCCUCACCCUGCCCUCCGCCAGCUGCUUGGAACUUCUGCUGAUCUUGUCCAGGAGCACGGCCACCCUGCCUCUGUCCCUGCGCCGCAUGAACUCCUUCCAGGUGGCCUUUCUGAAGAUGUAACGGGAGCCAAGGCGUCCUCGUGCCCCAGACUGAGGGCGGCCCAGGGCCCAGCCGUCGCUCCGUGGGCACCGGAGGCAGCGGAGGAAGGAGAGCCGCAGGGGGAGAGCGCCCUGCGUGGAAGCGUGGGGCGCCCUUGUGUGCGUGUGUUCUCUGGAGGAACGCUCACC